AUCUGCGACCGGCUCCCCGCCCGCCUUCCGUACCUUUUGCGAUCACAACAUCCACACCUUGCUUUGCACCCCUUCGACUGCUGACAACAUUCGCUAUUCACCUGCUUGGUGCUGGCUCCAAGGUGGUCAUGCGGCUCGGAUUGUUCACACAUUUACAAUACUAAUCUUAAUACCACCGCCGCGAUCCCCAUGGGCAAAUGGCGCUAUGGAGUCGUCUUGGACGCAGGCUCGUCUGGGACUCGAGUUCAUGUCUAUCGAUGGUUAGACAACGCCAUCGCUCGCAAAGAGGCUGACGGAGAUAAGCUCAAGUCUCUCCCGGAAAUCAAAACAAAAUCCCACUGGACCAAGAAAAUUCACCCAGGAGUAUCUUCUUUCGCCAACAAACCAGAAGAUGUGGGACACGAACAUCUUGCGGAACUUCUCGAACAUGCCCGUGAAAUCGUACCCGAUGAUGCUAUCAAAGACACCCCGAUCUUUCUCCUUGCCACUGCCGGUAUGCGUCUGCUAGGCGAUGUCGAACGGAAAGUCCUGCUGGAGCAGAUUUGCUCAUACGUCGGCGCGAACUCGGAUUUCUUGCUUCCCGACUGCGAUGUUCAUAUCCAGGUUAUCCCCGGAGUGACGGAGGGGUUGUACGGUUGGAUUGCCACGAACUAUCUCCUCGGAAGCUUCGAUUCGCCAGGGUCUCAUGAUCACGGCAAGGGUCACCACACGUAUGGGUUUUUGGACAUGGGUGGCGCAUCGGCACAGAUCGCAUUUGCGCCCAACGCGACCGAGAGCGAAAAGCACGCGAACGACCUGACGCUACUGCGGCUGCGCAACAUUGACGGAUCGGACCAGGAACACAGGGUUUUCGUCACUUCAUGGCUGGAAUUUGGGGUGCAUGAGGCUCGGAGGCGCUUCGUCGAGUCUCUGCAGGCGGCCAGUGCUGUUGGAGGAGUCACGGAGCUCCCGGAUCCCUGUUUACCUGCAGGCUUGCGUACGACUAUCGAUGGAAAGCCACUUCUCCCGAAAGACGACAGUAUGCAUCUACUGGGGACUGGAAAGUUUGACGAGUGCUUGCGUCAAACAUAUCCUUUACUGGACAAAGAUGCGCCUUGUCCGGACCAGCCAUGUCUCCUCCGUGGUGUGCAUGUACCAGCCAUUGACUUCGAUGUAAACCACUUUGUCGGGAUCAGCGAGUACUGGCAUACGACUCACGAGAUCUUUGAGAUGGGCCACAAGGACAAAGCCUACGAUUUUCACACCUACCAGGAUCGCGUACAGUCUUUCUGCUCUCAAGACUGGGAGAGCAUUGAGGCUGGAAUUGAGAGCCAUCAAUGGGGCAAGAAGGUCGAUCGGGAAUCAGCCUCCGAGGUUUGCUUCAAGGCAUCAUGGAUCAUCAAUGUACUGCAUGACGGCAUUGGGAUCCCUCGGGUAGGAUUGGACGAAAUGAAAAGCUCGAGCCACAACGGGACCAAGGAGGUGUUGUCCCAUGGUCAGAGCAAAGGCUUUCUGGACUCUUUUCAGGCUGCCGACAAGAUUCAAGACACGGAAGUGAGCUGGACUCUCGGAAAAAUGGUUCUGUAUGCAUCCUCGCAGAUUCCUAUCGAAGCUCAAGAGGCACUUCCGGUAGGCUUCGGCAGCAAUGUUGCCGGGGUCCCUAGCGACUUUCAAUAUCCGAGUGCCGAGCUGCUGCCCGAUCCUGAAGGCGCACACAACGGAUCAUGGCGCGACGCCAUGCUCGACAGCAGCCCAUCCCGCAGAGUGCCUGGUCUCAUUCUCUUCCUGCUUAUAAUAGUUGUGGCUGCAUUUUUCCUCUGCGGGCGCAGCCGCCGGCUCAAGAUGUAUCACAAGAUUCAGAACGUCUUCGGUGGCGGUGGUCCUUCUCACCCCAACUACCCCAAGAAACGGAGAGUCUUUGGCGGCAAGCUGCCUUUCUUCGGGCCGAGAAGUCCCACAUAUGAACGCGUUCUUGAGGAUGGUGCUGCUGCCUAUGAUCUCGGUGAGACGGCGUCCAGCCGCAGCUCCAUCGAUGGGGGACGUCCAUCGGAAGCGGACUCCGCGAAAUUCAUGGCACCGAAGCGGGCAUCGAGCUGGGGAAGCGGUAGCAAUACACCCACUUUCAAGUAUGCGCUGGACAACUCAUCUUCAGGGACUAUUGGACUCGGUAUCACUCCGAGUCCGGGUGUCUCGGCGAUGGAUCGGCAUGGUCUCGUGGUGAGGACCGAGAGCAGGGAUCACCUGGCGCCGGUGGCACUGGGCCCGACGAUGAAUGGUCGCCGGUCCAGAGCUGGCAGUCCUUCUCGAUCUCACCCCAAUAAAUCGCCAGUCAUGACCCCUCUUACAGAUGAAUGAUCCUUCUGUAUGAUUAUGAUUAUGUUCGCCGU